AAAAGUCAAUAAUCUACCCCUAUAUAACCACAACUCUCAUAAACCACCCAAAACAAAGCCAUGGCUUCUCUUCCACCCUUAACCAUCACCACCAACGGCACCGCCACGGCCGCCUUCUCCACCCUCUCCUCCUCUCCCUUUCUAAAAAAAAAUCAACUUCAAAUCUCCUCUAUUAAGAAUACCAAGCACCUUUUCAAAGUAUCAUGCCAAUCCACAAAUAACCAUGACCAAAACCCAACUUCCAAAAACAGUGAGAAUCCCCUAAACAAGCUUGAUAGGAGAAAUGUGCUAAUUGGGCUAGGAGGCUAUAGUGCUGCCACUCUAGUACCCAACCCGGCAGCCUUAUCCGCCCCGGUUCGUGCCCCGGAUUUAACCAAAUGCGGGAAGGCGGACUUACCCACCGGGGCAAAAGCCACCAACUGCUGUCCCCCAAUAAGCACAAAAAUCGUCGAAUUCAAACCCCCUCCGCGGCCCAACUCCAUGAGGAUCCGACCCGCAACCCAUUUGGCCUCCGACAAAUACACAGCCAAGUUCGAAAGAGCGAUCCAACUCAUGAAGGAAUUACCCGAUGAUGACCCGAGAAGCUUCUCGCAACAAGCGGACAUCCACUGCGCUUACUGCGAUGGGGCGUAUGAUCAAGUUGGCUUUCCGGAUUUGGAGCUCCAAGUCCACAACUCGUGGCUCUUUCUCCCUUUCCAUAGAUACUACCUCUAUUUUUUCGAGAGAAUUUUGGGUAAACUUAUCGAUGACCCAAGUUUCGCUAUGCCAUUUUGGAGCUGGGACUCGCCCGAGUCCAUGAAAAUGCCCGCAAUGUACGCCAACCCGAAUUCAUCGCUCUAUAACAAGCUCCGCGACACCAAACACCAACCCCCAACCUUAAUUGAUUUGGACUACGAUCUAACCGACCCGACUACAACCAAUAAGGAGCAAAUCUCGAGUAAUUUAUCCAUCAUGUACAGACAAGUGGUGUCUACUGGGAAAACUGCUAAGCUUUUCAUGGGUACCCCUUACCGGGCCGGGGAUGAUCCCGAUCCGGGAGCUGGUGCCCUUGAAAACACCCCUCAUGGGCCAGUCCAUAUUUGGUGUGGGGAUCGGACCCAGCCCAAUAUUGAGGACAUGGGUAAUUUUUAUUCGGCGGGUAGGGACCCGAUUUUUUUUGCCCAUCAUAGUAAUGUGGAUCGGGUGUGGUCCAUUUGGAAGACUCUAGGUGGAAAACGAAAGGAUUUCACCGACCCGGAUUGGCUGAAUGCGGAAUUUUUGUUUUAUGAUGAGAAUGCUCAGCUUGUUAGAGUGAAGGUGAAGGAUUGUUUGGACUCGAAAAAUCUUGGGUACGUUUAUCAGGAUACAAGUGUUCCAUGGCUGAAAAAUCGGCCGACGCCACUUGUCUCGAAGGUUUCGAGGAAGAUAAAGAAGUCCGGCGUGGCCAUGGCGGCAGAGAUCGCGGCAGCUUCCCAGGUAUUUCCCACAAAACUCGACAAAGUGGUGAGAGCGAUGGUAGCAAGGCCCAGGAAGUCGAGGACCACGAAAGAGAAAGACGACGAAGAGGAAAUACUAGUGAUCGAAGGGAUAGAGGUGAACAGAGAAUCCUUCGUCAAGUUCGACGUAUUCAUUAACGACGAAGACGAGACGGUGAUCCGGCCUGGAAACAGCGAGUUCGCCGGAAGCUUUGUGAACGUGCCGCAUAAGCACAAACACGGUAGUGGCAAAAACAUCACCAAGACUUGUUUGAGGCUUGGGAUCUCGGAUUUGCUUGAAGAUUUGGGAGCCGAAGAUGACGAUGGGGUCGUGGUCACUUUGGUCCCUAGGAGUGGGGCCGGUAACGUCACCGUUGGUGGAGCCAAGAUCGAGUUUGAUUCUUGAUUAGCCUCGUUUGUUUUGGAGUCUCAAAAUCAUUGGGCGUGGUAUUUAAGAUUUUCUCUCUCUCUCUCUCCACACUUAUUACUCCAAAUUUAAAAGAGAAUAAAUUGGUCCCAAAUCAAAGAGCGAAUAAACAAGAUUGGAAUCAUCUCUAUAAUGGUGUGUGAGCAAGUUGUUGGAAUGAUUCAAAUUUAUUUAAUUUAAAAGCUGUAGUGCAUUCUCCCACUUUCCGAUUAAGUGUCUAUAAUUUUUACCUAAAUUACAACUGUCUGCCAUGUCUUAUAGUGCAUCCUUCCAUUUUCCGAUUAAGUACCUGUGAUUUUCACAUAAAUUACAACCUGUCUGCCAUGUCUUCUUUACUGCAGAUCGUCUUUUCUUUUCACGUUAAUUUCAAAUUUUAAACUCUCUCUCUCUCUCUCUCUCUCUCUCUCUCUCAUGAUAGUGAGAAACCCAGCCACCACCACCCCUCCAGCCCUCCUCCUUCCCUUCAUCACCCGCGCACGAUUUUGCUGCUUCCAUCUCUAGCUUUUCAUCGUACUCUCUCCUCAAUUACCAGCGCCGGCAGCAGGAUGUUUACCCUCCGUUCAAACCCUGCUUCUAUAUAAGAUGUUGCAGUGGCCAACCUUGUAACGUCGAAAGCCAUGUUGGGAUAGAGUUGAUGUUAGAAGUGAAAUCACCUCAAUCUUUUUUCAUUUCGAGUUGAUUAGUUAGAUGUUGCUUUGUUGUAUGGAUAAAAUAUAAGUUUUUCUAUGUCAAACUUAUAAAGUAGAUUUUGUGAAGACAAUUGGGUUUUUGGGAUGUGAUCAGUAUUAUAAUUGAGUGGUUUAUAUCACUGAAGUUAAAUUUUGUUUGUAA